AAUCUUGCACAGGCUACACUUAAUCAUCGAAUGACUUAUAGAUUCUUCAAUUCUUUGGAUGGUUUCUCUGUUCGUGUAGUUGUAGUGCAGAAAUACAUGAUUCUGCAUACAGUAUCCUUAGCCCUGGCACCAUUUCUUCUUCUUUUAUCAGAUUGGCUUAUUAUAUUUCCUUGUAUUGAUCUAGAUUGAAUGAAAUGAUGGAAAGGAAUUCGUGUAGCCAACGCCAAAUUUCUCGGGACUGAGGUUUACCUUGUAGCAGUAGUAGUUAUCAUUCUAUUGUUUUUCCAUUUUAUUCUUUUAGUAUGAACUCAUUUUGCAUGAUACUCAAGGAGUAACUCCCGUUAAACCUUUUUGCUGCACGAAUUCUGGUGUGGACUGUCCUUUUGAUGUUAUGUUUUGAAUGUAGGGGUUUACAAGAACAAUGGUUACCUAAUGGUUUCGUGCAACGGAGGGCUUAACCAAAUGCGCGCAGCGAUAUGUGACAUGGUUGCAAUUGCAAGAUAUUUGAAUGUUACAUUGAUAGUUCCUGAACUGGAUAAGACUUCUUUCUGGAAUGACCCUAGUGAAUUUCGAGACAUAUUUGAUGUCGAUCAUUUCAUCACAUCCUUGAGAGAUGAAGUUCGGAUAUUGAAGGAGCUACCGCCAAGAGUCAAGAGGAGAGUCGAGCUAGGAAUGGUAUACACGAUGCCCCCCAUUAGUUGGUCGGACAUUUCUUACUAUCAGAAUCAGGUAGGUGGUUUGUGAUCUUGUUGAUUUGAUUUCUUCUGCUUUAUGUCAUGGAUUAUGACCCAUCCCAACCAUAAGAUCAAUAUGAAGCAAAACGAAAUCAGAAACA